UAAACAUUUGGUCCAGUUGUGUCAUAUUCAAACCGGACCAAGAAUCUUUACCCGGGUCAAACUUCCCGAAUCCGGUCCAAUCAAACCAAUAAACCAGGGUUCCCAAAUUGCAACUGCAAUUGCAUCUGUAUAUAAACCCAAACCAAACGAAACCCUAGUUCGUUGUUCUCGCCGGCGAGAGGAGAAAAUGUCGACAGUACCAGGGCCACUCGUAUGGGAGAUCGUGAAGAAGAACAACUCGUUUUUGGUCAAAGAGUUCGGAAAUGGCAAUCAGAGUGUUCAAUUCAGCAGAGAGAGCAACAAUCUCUACAACCUCAACUCUUUCAAGUACUCCGGAUUGGCAAACAAGAAAACCGUUGCCAUCCAGGCUGCUGGUAAAGAUCAAUCUGUGUUGUUAGCUACAACAAAGCCAAGGAAACAGAAUACGCCUUCUGUUUUGUCUCAGAAAUCAGUCAUGAAGAAGGAGUUCCGCAGAAUGGCAAAGGCUGUUCAAAAUCAGGUGGGAGACAAUUACUAUAGGCCUGAUUUGAAGAAGGCAGCUCUUGCAAGGUUGAGUGCUGUUCAUAGAAGCCUCAAAGUUGCCAAGUCUGGCCUCAAGAAGAGGAAUAGGCACGCAUAAGUGAAAGCAAAUCACCAACAGUUUUGUCGCAUUUGAAGAUCCCUUGUUUUUGACUUCAUUUUUGUUUGUUCUCGAUGUAUGAGACUCCGUGCUAGAUUUUCUUGAGUUUUGAAAUCCAAUUCGUUAUUUACUAUAAAUAUGAAACCUUGGUUGAUCUAGGUCUUGAUCUAGGUCACUGAAAAAAUGAAGAAGUUUUUAGUGCUCUUUAGUAA